UCGUAGUUUUGUUUUUCGCUCCCCUCUGUUAAUGUAAUAUUCAAAUUGUGCGGGUAAAGUUAUGUGCAGAAUGUGACUUCAUCCGGGCGUGGAUCGUUUUGUAGAUCGCUGUAGCACUAGGGUCGCUUAGUAGGCACGCACUGGAUUUGUGUGCUUCUACUACUUCGUUGGCAACAGUUGGUUGUGCCCGACCGGCGUGUGCGUGUGUGCGGUAUGAAUGCAUGUUAAUUGUCCUUCUUUUGUCGUUAGUUGGGUGAUAGAAAAAAAAAAGCAACAGUCUAGUGUCCUCGACGCGAGUGUUUUCGUCCCAUCCCACAGUCAAGUGUAAGUGAAAUCCUUUAACAGCUUGUGCUGGUAUAAGUAUAACGAGUGCGUCGGCCUGCUUGCCGCCGCUUAUUUAUCAGUAGUACAGCGGCGUUCGUUCAAAAUACUAGGAAGUAGUGUCUGGUGGAUUUGACUACCUGUGAAAAAAGGUUUUGUAUUUGGUGAAAUUAGUGCUUGCGAUUGGAAGAUGCUGUUGCCCGCACUUUGGAAACGGAAGGAUAAGCUCGACAGUGUGACUUGUGUGGUACUGUAGCUACAGAUAUGCCUUAGUUGUGGAGAAAGUGUGUAAGCAUCAAAAGUCUUGUGAGGCGAUGAAUGUGCGACGACAGUGACCUCGAGCGCCUCGAUUGGUCCUCCAGAGCAGUGUUGCAAACAAACCGUCCAAGGACUGUCUCAGGGUCAAGGCCUGUUGCACCAGCACCAGUAUCAGUCCGGGAUCAAAACGGACGUGACUUCCAGCCGAAAUUACGCAUUGGCAGCCAGAAGAUUGCGGCGCGCUACCUUGAGCGGAGAAGGUCACCGUCAUAAGUCGUGCGCGAGAAAACGUCCAAAGAAGUCUGCCUCAAUCUCAAUCCACCCAACGCGCGCGUGUUCGAUCGAAUCGACACCAGUCUCCUCCGACGCCGUGUCCUUCGACGGGGCAAUAACAAACACACGAGCGAUCGAUGAAAAUCGUCCGCCAGCCGUACGGAAAACUGUAGCUGGUUAGAAAAAGUACGCAACCACGUAACAACGCCGCUUCCAAGAAAUCCGCUAACGACCGAAAUGAAAGUGCAACAAUAAUAAUUAAUGCACCGUUCGACGGCGCAGACGAAUGUGAAACGGAUACGGUCGCUCGGUGUGUGAAGUGAGCGAGAGAGGGAGUGGAGUCGAAAUAAAUCCAAAACCAUCCCAUCCAAAUCCUGCACACGUGUUUAUGGUUUGAGGCGCGUUUCGGGGUGAGAUAACAUAGCCCGUGAGUCGUGCUCUCGCGGAUCGAAGUGAACAGGAGGAGGAAAAAUAUCGAAAUCCAAAACGCAUUUAUUGCACGAAAAUUGCACCCGAAUCGGUCGGCUUUGUGUGAGCCGUGAAAAUUGAGCCGUCGAAAGGUGUGGGCCUCGUGUGUGACCAAAUAGUGUUUAAAAAGUGUGUCCAACGCGCACGUGGUGUGUGUGUGAAAAGGGUGUGUAUGAGUCCACCGUCCGGAGAAAAGGCCUGAUCACGAGGUGUGAAAUUAAUUGCUGGUGCUUUUAGAUGUGAUCUCCAGCACAAGUGUGUGAACGUACACGGUAUUAAUAUAUCGCUGAGCUGAUCGAGAGCAACAAGUGCAAGGAUAAGAAAACCAUCAACAGCACCAACCACCGCCACCCCCUUACCCGCGGUGACAUUGUUUCCGAAAAUGUUGAAAAUUCAAAUGCUCGAACAGAUCGUGACGAACGAGAACGUUAUCGACGAUGACGAUCACCGGCAGGCCGGGGGUGGUGGCGGCCGGAGUAGUGGCGGUUUGUCUCCGGGUGUUGGCCACCUGGCACCCAGCUCCACCCCCGGCAGCGCCUGCCUCAGUCCGGUCGCGCCAAAAAACUCCCCGCUGGCGUCGACAUCAUCUUCCAGCGGAGCGGACGACGAAACGCGCAGCCUGAACCGAAGCGCACGCUUAUCACCACAAGGGCGUCAACAUAUGGGCGGGUGGACGACGGCAGCGGCGAACGCGAAGCAGAAUGGUCUGUCCGCGACCCCGGGUCCGACCAGCAAGAGCGCCACGACGAGUCCGGAUCGGUUGCGCGGAGCCACACACGAUCUGUUCGAGCUGCUCGAGCGCGUCCAGUGCUCGCGCCUCGACGAUCAACGCUGCGUCCUUCCAUCGUACUUCACACAGGUGCGUACCGUAAGCACGGGCACGAAAACUCGAAUGGUUUGCAUUAAUUCUCGUGGUGGCGAUGAACGAAUCACAAAUCCGCACGCAAACGGCAGCGCCGGCAGUGAGUCGAGUAACAACCUUACCGUACAAAUACCCCAGUCCAUGGGUGGUGGUGGUGGAGGAGGAGGAGGAGCGGGGAACACGAGAUCACUUCUGCGCCACUCGAACAGCAUGUCCUCGAAUCCGCACUCGACCUCCAACUCGACGCCGGCCUCGCCGCAUCUGCUGUCGAACAGCUCGAGCGUCCACCUGCAUCACACGCUGUCGGCGGGCGGGGGCAGCAACGGAGGGCUGCACCACCACCAGCAACAACACCCACAGUAUCAGUCGCAGUCGUCGGUCAGCUCGCAGUCCUCGUCGAUCAUCUCGACCGUGCCGCCCGUCCAGCGGUUGCUGGAGGACGCCCUCGGCAAGCCGGGUCCGCAUCCGAUGAUCGUCGUACCGAGCAGCGGCGGGUACUGGGUGGACGGGACGGAUCACGACGCGUCGUACGAGGUACCGGCACACACGACUUGGCGGGUGGGUAAGAUCGAGUCGGACGACACGGCCAAGUGCUACCGGCGGUUCUUCAUUUCGCGCGAGCACUCCAACCUGGUCGGGCACGACGAUCAGCUCGGGCCGGUGCUGCUCUCGAUCAAGUCGGAGAACGUGGCCAACCAGGACCACAUCCGGAUACUGUUGCGACUACGAACCGGCACCAUGCACGAGCUCAUUCCGGCGUCCUGCCUUGGCAGCAACCCGUCGCCGAUCAAGAUGGCGCGCUUGUUGAACGAGCAGAUCAACGUGGACACGUUCAUGCCGGUGCUGUGCCCGAAGGCGUCCUCGCUGAUCGCCAGCUACGACGAGCAUGUGCUCGUGACGAACUUCAAAUUCGGCGUACUGUACCAACGCUUCGGGCAGACGACAGAGGAGGAGCUGUUCUGCAACAGCGAGAUGACGCCGGCGUUCGACGAAUUCCUCGAGCUGCUCGGGCAGCGCAUUCGGCUGCGCGAUCACAAGGGCUACCGCGGGGGGCUGGACAUUCAGAAUGGCCACACGGGCGACACGGCCGUGUACGACGUGUUUAAGGAGCGCGAGAUCAUGUUCCACGUGUCGACGCUGCUGCCCUACACGGAGGCGGAUCCCCAGCAGCUCCAGCGCAAGCGCCACAUCGGCAACGACAUCGUGGCGAUCGUGUUCCAGGAGGAGAACACACCCUUCUCGCCGGCCAUGAUCGCGAGCCACUUUCUGCACGCGUUCAUCGUCGUGCAGCCGAUCGAGCCGAACACCCCGAACUGCCGGUACAAGAUCUCGGUCACCGCACGGGACGACGUGCCGUUCUUCGGGCCGACCCUACCCCAACCGUCAGUAUUCAAGAAGGGCCCGGAGCUGAAAGAGUUCCUCCUGACCAAGCUGAUCAACGCCGAGAACGCGUGCUACAAGGCGGAUAAGUUCGCGCAGCUCGAACUGCGCACCCGUUCCUCGUUGCUGCAGAAUUUGGUCGACGAGCUGAAGGAAAAGACGCGCGAUUUCCUUGGCGCUGACGUGCUGGGCGGUGGUGCGCCCACCUCGCCCACUCCGGAAACACCAAAGUCGGAGGGAGGCUUCACGGGGGCCCGCUUCAUCGACACGGUACGGAAGGCACUGAAUGCGCGGCUUCGAUCGCAAAACUCCGACCCAACCAACAACGGAAGCAGCGGCGCUGGGAGCGUCGAGUCCAACAGCAAACAUCACAACUCGAUGAAGAAAUCCAAGGAUGGGCUGGGGAUCGUAUCCGACACCCCCUGUGGUCCUGGAGGAGCUGUCAACAUUGGCCGUUCGUUGUCGAAGAGCAGCACGACUGGGUCACGCAAAUCACCGAACGACUCGGUUGCAUCCUCGCCGGACAUCACCUCCCGGUGUUCGAUCAAUCCCAACCUUACCAACAACAACAACAGCAACAGUGCACCAAACAACAACAACAACAACACGAUCGGAAAGAAUCUCUCCAACGGAGCAGGAAACAACAACGGUGCCGGCGGGGGUACGAAUGGCGCCGGUGGUGGAGCAGGCACCAACAGCAAUGGCCCAGUGGCCAUGUCCGAAACCAGUGACGAUUCCAGCCUCAACAGUGUCGAUCUCGAUCCGAUGGUUUUUCUCCCCACGGUAGAUGCGGGCGCGACGUACAUCGACAGUGACACCGGCCUGGAAUCGAUGUCGUCGGCCGAUGCCACCACGAAGGCCUGCUCACUGUGCCUGGAUGGUACCGGUUCGACCAACGGCGGAGGCAGUGUGGUCAGCGUAAGCAUUAGCGGUGCCAGUGUCACGAUCGACGGUGGAAACCGAGAGCUGCGGAACAGCGGGGGAAGUGCGAGCUCCGGCACCGGUUCGACCGUCAGCACCACCGGCGGUAUGCUCGUGGGAGCGACCGGACUCACCCAAGAAGCGCUGCAACAGGUCGAGGGUAUGAAGCAAGAGAUAACUCGCUUGAAAUGUGAUAAACUGGAUCUCCUUCGGCAGAAUGUGACCUGCCAACGUGACAUCAAGCGUCUACGUGAACGUGAAUUAUCGCUACAAGGUGACCUGGCAGCCGCUGGCAAAGAGAUCCUCCGAUUACGCGAUCUCCUGAAAGAGUGCUUACCGGCAGCCGUCGCAGAUCCGAUCUAAAUCCCCUCGGACGGAUCCCUGCAAUCUCUCGAGCUUCUGCUACCGAUGAUAGACGAAAGUAGUGUCUGUUGUCCGAUGGGAUUUGUUUCCCUUUCACCCAAACCCCCCCCCAAACCUAUCGUUAAGAAUCUUUCUUUUCAUGUACAGCCGUUUUGUUUGUAUUGUUUAAAGAGUAUCCGCUGUUGAGAGAUACGCUAAGAAGAGGACGGUGUUUUGCUGCAGAAACCAGCACGUCCAAGGAUCGAAAUUGCCUGUCACAAAUACACGAGGACGAGCAUCAGAAGCAGGUCGUUCGUUUUCCCCUUUAUCUAUUUAUUUCAGUUUUACUUU